GAACGAAAGAUCGUGGGGGGAGACAUCUUUUUUCUUCGCUUCUAGACUUGGGAUAAGGAAGGCGUAGAGUAGUCCACGCGGAUUCCUAGUUUAUUUUCUAUUUCAGCCAAUUGGCAUUGCCUUUCCCCUCGCCGUUCGUCUUCCCAAGACCUUGUCAACCACGACUGGGCUUCAACCGCUACACCGCUAACCACCAGCAGAAUCCCGCCCAUCUCCCAAUAUGUCGUAUAUCGGGUCACCACCCCGCUCCUCCUUUGGCCAGCGGAAGCCGUCAAUUGUUGAACGCGCGUCCAAUGCCAUUGAACAGAAAUUGGGCGGAACGGCUCUACGACGGGUGGCGACGACGCCGGCUAGCUACGGGUCGGGGGGACUGAAGGAUGUCCAAAGUGCUAGUGUGGGUAGUUUAGUGGAGGAGAAUUAUUCAAUGUGCGUUGAUGAUUAUGAAGUUGGAGAACCGAUAGGAUAUGGAUCUUCGGCUGUGGUUUAUAUUGCCCGGUAUAAGCCAACGAACAAGGCGGUAGGAAUUAAGAUGAUUGAUUUGGAUAUGUUUGAGCGAAAUCAGAUUGAUGAGUUACGGAGAGAAAUUCAGAUAAUGAGCUUGUCAAAGCAUCCCAAUCUCCUCCCUGUAUUUGGCUCGUUCGUGCACGGUUCCAAACUUUACAUUGUCACGCCUUUCCUCUCUGCCGGAUCAUGUCUAGAUAUUAUGAAAACCGCCUUUCAAGAUGGCAUGGACGAAGUCUCUAUCGCAACCAUUCUCAAGCAGGCCCUUGAGGGACUCGUUUACCUCCACAAAAACGGUCUAAUCCACCGUGAUGUGAAAGCCGGAAACCUCCUCAUUCACGAAGAUGGUUUAGUCCAAUUGGCAGAUUUUGGUGUCAGUUCCUCGUUGAUGGAUACCGGGGAGCGUAAGGGUCUAAGAAAGACUUUUGUGGGCACACCAUGUUGGAUGGCUCCGGAGGUUAUGGAGCAGAGCGGCUAUGAUUAUAAAGCAGACAUAUGGAGUUUUGGGAUUACGGCUUUGGAAUUGGCUACAGGACACGCACCGUUUGCAAAGUUUCCUCCCAUCAAGGUGCUGAUGCUGACACUCCAAAAUGAUCCGCCAACAUUGGACCGCGAUUCCACAAAGCACAGAUAUUCUAAAACAUUCAAAGAAAUGAUCGAUCUGUGCUUGGUGAAAGAUCCAGCUAAACGACCUACAGCCGAAAAACUGUUGUCGCAUCCCUUCUUUAAACAGGCGGCUAAGAAACGCCAAUACCUUGUCGUGUCACUGUUGCAGAACUUGCCGCCAAUAACACAGCGUCAACACAAUAGAAGAGGAUCACACCCUCAGAAGGACGGAUCAUAUUCCAAAGGUGUUUCGUGGGACUUUAGUACUGCAGCCGAAGAGCUCGGAAUGCAACCCGGCAAGGAGGGAAGCAAGGACGCGAUGAUUCGCACAUUCUUGUCGGAGAGCUCUGUGGAUUCAACCACAAGCUCAGACUCUCUGAAUAUCGAAGAGGGCACAAGUAAUGGUAGUGGUAGAGAACGAGGUGUGAGUUUCGCUCCUAGUGUUGCUGUUGUAGGCGGCGGUGCCGAGCCAUUAGCUGCUCCCGCGGUAAAAAAGAGCCGAUUUAUUGUGGAUAGCCCCAGCGGUGCUUCAUAUCCAACAUUGGCUGUCGAUGUCACAAGCGCACCGGGAACUCCUACCGGUGCUCAGACGCCGGUGGAGAAUGCGGUGGUAGACUCUUCAUCAACGCCAAGUUCGCAAACGCCGCCGUCAUCCAAUGUGUCCCCUGUUGCUGGGGAAGUAAGAAAGGGACGGUUUAGUGUCAAUCAAUCGGCACCAAGUGGCAUAAAUCCGUCAGCUCCAUCAGUGCUACCCGACACGUCGCGACAGGUGGGGUCUCCGGCAGAUGCCGUGGCACCAAAGUUGAGCGACGAUGGAUCUACAGUGGAACGAAAGCCAAGCCGUUUUGCAGUCCAAACUCUCUCCACUACGUCAUCCAGCCCCGCCACCCCCUCAGCUGGUUCACAAGACUCCAUCACAACCCGAACCCUGGACCGAAGAGGCCGAUUCGAAGUAACAACGGGGGACAACUCCCCGAUUCCGCAGGCAAUAACCCUGGACCAGCUCAUACGCCAGAAUGAAUUGCAGCGAAAUCUCCUCAAUGAUAUGAUUGCGGCACUUGGACGGAAUGGAUUGACACUUGAAGCCUUGGGAGUGUCGGUCCCCGCUGGUGUCUUUGAGGUGAAUACACCUGGAGAGAAACCCAGUCCGUCGCUGGGUCCUACGAGGAGUUUAAGUGGAGCAAGUAUGGACGGGUUUGGGUUGGAUAAAGCUCAACCCAGCGCCGACUCGCUGAAGCGCGAAAAUGACCAGCUGCGACAAGAAGUGGCUCAGUUGAGACGUGAAGUGGAACUUUUUAGGAAGGGGGACGCACACGUGAAGGGCGUGAGUAGCGGGGUGGACGGUAUUUGAGAACUUGUAAACAUUAAUUUGUGCAUCGCGUCCUUUCUGUAUUUUUUGUUUGGCGUCAUGGUUGUGGGUUGGGACGCGAGUUGGAUGAAAGGAGUAUUGUAUCGUGGCUGGGGGGUGCGGUGGGACGUAUAUAAGUCUGUUAUUUGUAUAGUGCCAUCGGAGAGCAUGCUUGAAAAGCACAGAUAAUGCAAUUAGAACCAUUAUGAGCCACUGUAUGUCAUGGCGGCAUUCAUA